GAGAGUCGGCUGCGGGCAUUUUCGUCGCCGGAGUUGGUGAAUACUGCUGCUGCAACUAUUACCCAGAACCAGAACGAGAACCAGAACCCUCCUUCCACCACCAGCAAACCCCAGCAACCACCCUUGCAGGAUUAUAGCUUAGAAGGGAUCGCCGCCAACGUGAAGCUGCUGGUGAAAGUGAUACGGUAUCACAAUGAGGCGAGCGCCAGAGACUACGACGACCGGAAAACCCAGAGGGUCGCCGGCGAUGUUGGGCGAGCGCCCGAGACUACCUCUUCUUUUGAUAAUUAUUAUAAUAAGAAGAGGUGUUCAAAUCAAUAGUUCGGUGUGGUGUGAUUUAGAUUUCUUUGCUGUUGUGAUUUGUGAGCUAUGCAAAACAGGGAACAAAGGCUCCUGAAUUUUAUUGUCAAUUUGCAAAGCAGAGUCUAUGAACUAGAAGAAGAGAAUAAGAAACUUGCUAAGUUGGUUGUUGUCACUUCACCAACUCUAGCUCUUGCUUGUGGGUAGUGUAAUGAUUUCGCCACAAAGGAGCUUCAAGUGGUGAAACAAAGAUUGCCUGCAGUGGAGAGACAACUUAGUAGACUGGUGAUUAGCUAAAUCAGUACUUG